UAAGAAAAGACAGGAGAAACGCUCCAAGACUCACAUGGAUGAAGCCACGAUGAUCAGAGGAGAUAAAAUAUCUCCCUAUCGCAGGGGAGGUACUGGUGGCGGUGGUACUGGUGGUGGUAGGGGAGGAGGAAGGGGGGGAGGAGGGGAAGGGGGUGACGGUGGGAGAGGUGUGGGGGGGCAAGGGGGUGAUGGUCGAGGAGGGGAGAACAGUGGGAGGGGAGGCGGAACCUCCUCUGGGACAACAGGAUCUGAUGGAGCGAUACCUGCAGCUGGAAGGCAAGGAUCGACUCAGCCGCCCAUUGGGCCAUGGGGAGAUGUACCCACAGAGAAACACACAGAGGGACAAGCACCGGGCAUGCAAGUUGGAACCAGAUUGGACGACCAAGGUGAACAUACGAUGCCUCCUUUCUUGGUUAUCCCGCUCAUACUCGCCUGGAAUGAAGAGCUGCGACUGCUCACUGCAAUGAAAGAGAAUAAUGUUCUCUACAUACCUCAUAUACCUGGUAAUGUGGAUCCCGAUAUCGCCGAAACCAUUUCUGAAAUUCAGAAAUGGUUAGGCAAUGGUUACCGGCUGCGAAAGUGGCCCGAAGUGCAGUGGAUUAAAAUUCCCAAAAAGCACUUGUCAGGGGAAGAGAUGUCCCUCAUUUUUUUAUUCUUGGAUGCUCGCCAGACAGAAGCUGUUUAUGAAGUUGCCAACAUGCCGCGAGCGAGAUGGAUUCUAUGGCGCCUCUUCGCUGACCCAGCUGGGGCGAUGACAACAACGACUCAGAUUGGCGGACAGUGGACAGCAGAGAUCCUACAUGAAGUCAACUUCUGUAUGCCACAGCAGUACAAGCUUUUUGAAUCUGGCUUUGCUGGUCUCAUGAUGCAGAAAUGGGCGGAAUAAUUGUCUUUCCUCCAACUAACUGCAUUUUCUGUUACUUCUUUUUGCUCUACUCCCUUUCUUUUUUCUUUUUCUUAUCUUUGCUCCUUUUUUCAUUUCUUCUUAAUUAAGUUCUUUUACUUCUCUUUCCUCUUUCUUCCUUCUGUAAAUUGCUUUUGAUGGUUCUGAGUCCGAACUCUCUCCUCCUCUAAUUUUUUUGGAUGGAUAAAGUCAAAAUCAUGUC